GGGGUCACCGAAGACUGGAGCUCAUUGAUGACGCGACCCUCACGUGACCAGGAGUCGACGUGUGCAGAAGUCCUUAUAGUCCAGGGCCUGUUUCCCUGUAGCCGCUCGGUAUUGCUGGAGAAAGAGAAAAGUGCCUCGGAUUCUUUCAGGACUCUUUGGUCUCUUGGGCGCAACACAAAUCGAGUGAGGGAAGGAGGCAGGAAAAUCGCCCGGAUCCCUGCAGGAUUAAUUUAUUAAAAAAGAAAUAACAGAAAAAUACUCAACAUGCAAAAGUCUUGUGAAGAAAAUGAAGGAAAACCACAGAACAUGCCAAAGACGGAGGCAGACCGCCCUUCGGAAGAUGUACCACAGGAGGCAGAUGGAAAUCCUCAACCUUCCCAAGAAGGUGUAAGCCAGGAAGCAGAAGGAAAUCUUAGAGGAGGGCUGAACCAGCCUGGCCAGGGGUUUAAAGAGGACACUCCAGUGAGGCAUUUGGACCCUGAAGAAAUGAUAAGAGGAGUAGAUGAGUUGGAAAGGCUUAGGGAAGAGAUUAGAAGAGUAAGAAACAAGUUUGUGAUGAUGCAUUGGAAGCAAAGACAUUCACGCAGCCGUCCUUACCCUGUGUGCUUUAGGCCUUGAAUUCUUUUUUUGUCUGAUACUAAAAUCUGGCCCCUGCUUCUUUCUGUUAGUGUUUUCUGAUGUAUCUUUGACCUUCGUUUUACUUUAUAAUCAUCUGGUGAAAUUUUGUUUUAGGUAGUUUCCUUGUUACCAGCAUCUCACUGGAUUUUGUAUUUUGACCCAUUCUCCAGGUCUGUUUUUCAGUUGGAAAGUUUAACACAUUUGCAUGGAAAUAUAUUCGUUCUAUAUUGUAAAGUAAAACAUAACAGGUUAUAAAGCGGUAUAUUUAGUAUCAGCUCACAUAUGUAGGAUUAAAUCCCGAAUUUGUGUGGGUGUGUGUUCUACAUGCAGACAUAUAUCAAAAACGUAACUGCUUAUUUCUUUGUGGCGUGAGCUUUUUUCUUUAUGCUUAUAUGUAUUUUUUUUUCACGAACACAUGUCACACACACACAAAGAAUUAAAGUUUUAUAAGUAAGAGUUAAAUAAUUUGCAACCAGCUUAUAAGGGCAAUGGGGGCACCUAAACUCUUGAUGGAAGAACUAUUAAAAAAAAUGUAAACCUCAAGUUACCUCUGGAUUUCUUAGCCAGAGGAAUAAAACUGGCAAUUAUUACAGA